UGAAUGUGCACGCCUUUCAUUGGGUUCUUUUCUUUCUUUCUGGCAUAUAACUGUGCUUUUCUUUAGAAUUGUCUCUCCUCUGCAUUUCUUCUUUGUGUUUGUAGAAAGCUGGUGUUGUUGUCCAUGUAUUGUGUUUCCGUGUUUGGUGAAGGGAUGGGUGGGCUUCCCUUCCCCAAAAUCAGGCAGAAGUGGAAAGCUGGAAAUUGAAAAUGACAAUAUUUUUCAUCACAGAAGUUUUCAGUGAUUUAUGUAGGUUUCAAUAUAGAAAGUUUCAGAUGCUCUUAAUUCAUCUGAAAGAGAGUUAUAGAAAAAGGUAGAGAGUUAUAAUAUUGCCCUCGAAGGACUAAGGUCUUGGGUUCCCAAGAGGUUUUUAAUUUUACACUCUUGAUGUUGUUUCAUUGCAACCCCCAAUUUCAUAUCUUAUUGUAGAAAUGGUGGUAGAAUUGAGUUGAAGUAGGCAGUUGUUUAAAAAGUUUCUUGGGAGGAAAAAUUGACUCACUCAGUGUUUAUGCAUAGAAAUAAAGCUGGUGUGGAAGUGUCAACUGCUCAGGUUUAGUAUUUGACCACCUUCUGAAAGAUACAAGUUUAAAAGGAGAAACAGAGGGGGUAAUUGAAAUUUAUAGGCAUGGGAAGCUCUGUGCAGUGGAAAACUGGUAGAAAUUACUUUCAUGAGGUUGUGUUUAGACUGUAGAAACUCAUUUUGAUUUUUGGUUUUUUUAAGUGUAUUGGUGUAACACUUUAGUUUCUCCAAAUAAGAAUGGCAUUACCCAAAGUUGAAAUGAAUCUGUGUAGAAUUGUGCUCAAAAAGAGAAUAAAUCCAAAGGAUCCUCACCUCUUUCUCAUCUGCCUCGGAGAAUAAAACUGCUAUGAUUGUUUUAAGUAAACAGAAAGUGAAGAUGACAGGAAAUCAUUUUUUAUUUAGUAAAAGUCAGAAUACCUUUGACACACACUUUAAAAUAAAUGCAUCUAUUCCUUUGAUCCCCUGUAUUUGUAUUACCAUAGAGCUUGCAUGUCCUAAUAGGAUUUUAGCUAAUGUCAUUUUCAUGGAAAACAGUCAUUUGAAAGCUGAGAGCUCUAGCUAUGUUUUGUUCAAAUAGCGAAGUAAUCUACUAUUUUAACAGAAAUUGCUUCUGCCGCAUUCCUAAUGUGGGAUUGCAUGUGAGUGAUUGUGUAUACUUUUCAGAUUUAUGUAGGUUUUCAAGGUAUGUAUUUGCUUGUGUUUGAUCUUAUAUUUCCUUUGUUAUCACAUUAUUUUACUUCUUAUCAAUGUGACUAACAAGAUAUUUUUAAUUGUGUAGAGAAUGGGUUUAGGUGUAUUCUUGGAGAUCUACCCAUCCAUAUAACAAAAGGUACCAAAGAAUAAUCUGUUACUAUCUUUGCUUGUCAAUGCCAUUAUGAUUUGUUUUAAAUGCAAUUUUUAAAAGCAUUUGGACUGCUACAGAUGCAUGACUCAGUUUAUCCUCUGGCAUGAUUGAUGUCAUUUGAUGAAUAGAAGAACUAAGUUACUGGAGAUGAAUGCUUAUUUAACAGAGUACUUUGUUUGGGUGAGGCAUAUUUUUUUAAAAACUUAUAAGGUUCCUGGAAUUGACUUUCAGUUUCUUAGUGACUUAAUUUCACUACAUGCUGAUUUCUCUUUUACAACAUUCAGCUCAGAUCCAGACAGGUUUGUGUAUGCUAUUAGAUUUGCAAAUUGCUGAUCUCCCAGUGACUUUCUCUCUUAGAUCCCAAUUGAGUAUGGUUACCUUGAGAACUGUGGCAUUAGCCCUGUUAGAGCAUGCUCCACUGGGGACUUCUGUGCAGUCUAUUUUUAAUGCUAUUUAAUGAAGGAGCAAGCACCUCACUCAGCAAUAAAAGAAGCAUGAGGAAAGAGAGCAGUAUGUGAUUAUGGAUACUGGAGAAGGAUAUUUGGAAAGGUUAAUGAUGAUGCGUCAAACUGUGUAAGGGAACCGCAUGGAGAUGGGCAUUCUGAACUGUUAAUGGGGACAUGGGACGCCAGUUGCCUCUGAUUACUUGUGUGGAUUUUCCCGGUGUAGAACGACAGAAGCCGCUAGUAAGUCACCAAGACCUACAGCAGGAAUUCUGCGUGAAAGGGCAUCAAACCUUAUUAUUUUAAUUUGCAUCUGGGAGAAUGUCUGAGCAAGGAGACCUGAACCAGGCCAUAGUGGAGGAAGGGAGGACUGAGCAGGAGACAGCCGCUCCAGAGAAUGGCAUAGUGAAAUCAGAAAGUCUGGAUGAAGAAGAGAAAUUGGAAUUGCAGAGGCGGCUGGCAGCUCAGAAUCAAGAGAGAAGAAAAUCCAAGUCAGGAGCAGGAAAAGGUAAACUGACUCGAAGUCUAGCCGUCUGUGAGGAGUCAACAGCCAGACCAGGAGCUGAAAGCCUUCAGGAUCAGGAAUCAAUUCAUUUACAGCUUUCCAGUUUUCCCAGCCUGCAAGAGGAGGAUAAAUCUAGGAAAGAUGACUCUGAGAGAGAAAAAGAAAAGGAUAAAAACAAAGAUAAAACCUCUGAAAAACCCAAGAUCAGAAUGUUAUCAAAAGACUGCAGCCAAGAAUACACGGAUUCUACAGGCAUAGACUUACAUGAGUUUCUGAUUAACACUCUAAAGAAUAAUUCCAGGGACAGGAUGAUACUCUUGAAAAUGGAGCAGGAAAUUAUUGAUUUCAUUGGUGACAACAAUAAUCAUUAUAAAAAGUUCCCUCAGAUGUCAUCGUAUCAGAGGAUGCUUGUCCAUCGGGUGGCAGCUUACUUUGGAUUGGAUCAUAAUGUGGAUCAAACAGGAAAAUCUGUCAUUAUCAACAAGACCAGCAGCACCAGAAUACCAGAGCAAAGGUUUUGUGAACAUUUAAAAGAUGAAAAAGGUGAAGAAUCCCAGAAGCGGUUUAUCUUGAAGCGAGAUAACUCUAGUAUUGAUAAAGAAGACAAUCAGCAAAACAGAAUGCAUCCAUUUAGAGAUGACAGACGAAGUAAAUCAAUUGAAGAGAGAGAAGAGGAAUAUCAGAGAGUGAGGGAGAGAAUAUUUGCACACGAUUCAGUUUGCUCCCAGGAAAGCCUUUAUGUGGAAAACAGUAGGCUCUUGGAAGACAGUAACAUAUGCAAUGAGACCUAUAAGAAAAGACAGCUCUUUCGGGGCAACAGAGAUAGCUCAGGGAGAACAUCUGGGAGUCGUCAGAGCAGCUCGGAGAAUGAACUCAAGUGGUCGGACCACCAGAGGGCCUGGAGCAGCACAGACUCCGACAGCUCCAACCGCAAUCUGAAGCCCACUAUGACCAAGACGGCGAGUUUUGGGGGCAUCACGGUGCUGACCAGGGGUGACAGUACGUCUAGUACCAGGAGUUCUGGGAAGCUGUCCAAAACAGGUAGUUCUGAGUCUUCCAGCAGCGCAGGCUCUUCAGGAUCGCUGUCCCGUACCCAUCCACCUCUCCAGAGCACACCCCUGGUCUCGGGCAUGGCAGCUGGAUCUCCUGGCUGUGUGCCCUAUCCAGAGAAUGCAGUGGGGGGCCAAGUCCCUCCCAGCAGCACCAGCUACAUCCUCCUUCCACUUGAAGCUGCAACAGGCAUCCCGCCCGGAAGCAUCCUCCUUAAUCCACACACAGGUCAGCCCUUUGUGAAUCCCGAUGGGACUCCUGCAAUAUACAACCCUCCUGCCAGCCAGCAGCCCCUGCGGAGCACGAUGGUGGGACAAUCCCCGCAGCAGCCUCAGCAGCAGCCUUCUCCGCAGCCUCAGCAGCAGGUGCAGCCACCACAGCCACAGAUGGCAGGCCCUCUGGUCACUCAGUCUGUCCAGGGGCUGCAGGCACCCUCCCAGUCAGUGCAAUAUCCGGCAGUCUCUUUUCCUCCCCAGCAUCUCCUGCCUGUGUCUCCAACGCAGCACUUCCCCAUGAGAGAUGAUGUGGCCACACAGUUCAGCCAGAUGAACCUGAGCCGUCAGUCCUCAGGAGAGACUCCCGAGCCGCCACCAUCCGGUCCUGUCUACCCAUCCUCCCUCCUGCCGCAGCCAACCCAGCAGCCCGGCUAUGUCAUCGCCUCUACGGGCCAGCAGCUUUCUACAGGGGGGUUCUCCGGCUCUGGCCCACCCAUCUCGCAGCAAGUUCUUCAGGCCCCUCCCUCCCCACAGGGAUUUGUGCAACAGCCUGCAGCUGCACAGAUGCCUGUCUAUUAUUACCCGUCUGGUCAGUACCCUACCUCAGCCACGCAGCAGUACCGGCCCAUGGCCUCGGUUCAGUACAGUGCUCAGAGGGGUCAGCAGAUGCCACAGGCAGCUCAGCAAGCAGGUUAUCAGCCAGUCUUGUCUGGACAGCAGGGAUUCCAAGGCCUUAUAGGAGUGCAACAACCACCACAGAGUCAGAGCGUGAUGAGCAGCCAACAAGGAACUCCGGUGCAAAGCGUAAUGGUCUCCUACCCAACCAUGUCUUCUUAUCAGGUGCCAAUGACGCAAGGUUCUCAAGGACUGCCCCAGCAGUCCUACCAACAGCCAAUCAUGCUACCUAACCAGGCAGCUCAAGGGUCACUCCCGGCCACUGGAAUGCCUGUUUACUGUAAUGUUACACCGCCAAACCCUCAGAACAACCUUAGGCUGAUUGGUCCACACUGCCCCUCCAGCACUGUCCCUGUGAUGUCGGCCAGCUGCAGGACAAAUUGUGCAAGUAUGAGCAAUGCCGGUUGGCAGGUCAAAUUUUGAGAGGUCUGGCUGUGGUUUAUUUCAUCAGCUAUUACUCAUGGCCUUUAAGGGAAGAGGAGCAAGUUGGGAAGACUGGCUGAGGACUUAAGUAUUCACUCAACACUCAAAAGAUUGCUGCUGGUAUUCUGUAAAAAAUAAACAAAGACUAAUACACACGUUAGCUGGUUAAUGGUGCAUAUUUCUGUCAUGUCUGCUAGGUAUGCCUUUAUAGCUUAGCUAGUGACAUGAAUUCAUCGAGGUAAGAUUUUCUCCUACCACUGAACACCACUGUGUAGAUUAUAAUAUCCCUCAUUUGGAUUAGUUUUGUACUUUGUGUUGAGUUUGUGAUGCUAAAAGUAUUUAAAAAUUAUAUACUGAAUCACAUUGUACCAAAGCUGUAAUGGAAAAGAAAAGAAGAAUUGAUGAAUGGAAGGAAUAAUUUAUAUACAUUAUAGAGUUUUCUUUUUUUAAUGCAUAUAUACUGUAUUGUAGUGUUUAAUCAAAAUAAAACUAUUUGACCUUAUGGAGUAAGGUCAUGUUUUUACCACCA